AUGGCAACGGACGAACCUAAAAGACGACAACGUGUCAAUUGGAACAAGGCUGUAAGACCUAAUGGCAAGACCUCCAAUGAGGUUAUGGUGGAAUACUUUCAAGUGCCAGGCAAUUUCAAGCGUGCGUUAUCAUCAAUCAGUAUAGCUCGAAAACUUGGAUUGCCUAUUGAGAACAACGACAGAGUGGUUCAUGAGGUCUUGGAACGUUUGCAUGCAGAAGGGUUCACAUUUCGCAAGUAUGCCAAGGUGUUUCUUAAGGUGAUUGAAUGGAUGACGGGGUAUAUCAAGGCUCGUGCAUCGGCGACAAGAGAAAACAACCUUGAUCGACGAGACAUUCAACGCAUUUUUCCAUUCUAUUAUCAUAUUUGCGACAUUGUCGGCGAUAUAGACGCGUCUACUAUUUCAAUCGUUCUUGGUCAUGAUCAACAAGAACAAGAUCACGCUCGUCAUGAUUCUAUGAGUCGCGUUGACAAUGAUCCACCCGCCUACCCUACCGCUCAACGUGAUGGUGGAAUGGCGACAAGCAGCAUCAGCAUCAACAGCAGUAAUCAUAUGGAUGAACCCGGCGAUAGUUCCAGUAUCAGUGAUGACAUGCAAAUCAAUCAACUUGGAAGGACGUUGCCGAUGAAUACACCCUUUAACGGCCAACAUGAUAUUGCUGUUAGCUAUGUCAGGAGCAGUAGGUUACCACCACCUUCCUAUGAAUCAUCGCCAUGGCAACAACAACAACAGCAUCCACCUCCACGACCACAAUCUCCACAAGCACGCAUUUUCCCAACACAUACACCCUAUGUUCAACCUGCAUCACCUCAACCUGCAUCACCCGAACCUCCAUCGCCUGAACCUCCGUCGCCUACACCUUCUUCUUCUUCCCAUGAUACCACUUUUACAUUCCAAACAGCACAUGCAAUACUACUUCUGCCACAACAACAACAGCCACAACAACAACAACCAUUAUCAACAUCUUCAUCCACAGCCGCUAUUACCCCAUCAAUAGUACCACCUACGCCACCCUCCAGUAAUACAGCUGACAUCACUCGCAAACGACCCGCCAAUGAUUCAGAAACGAACACAUCUUCCAUGCAUACCACACACAAUACACGAAGGAGGAUCAUAGAACCAGCUGCUGAUGAUCAAGAGACUUUGGAGGACACCCCACUUGAAAUGAUGCAACGGAAUAAUGAACAUCUACGUCAAUCAAACAUGUACGAAUACCACCAUCAACGGUUGCUUGAUCAUCAACACAUCUUAUUGAGCCACCAAGCACGUAUUUAUCGAAUACAAGAAAUGCAAGCGCAGUCAACGCUUAUAAAGUCAAUGACGGAUGCUGGAUUUUCAAAGAAUGAGAUAGCAGCGGCUUUAAAGGGACAUCGUCAAGGUGUGAGUAACACCCGUUUUCAGUAA